UUAGUAAUUGGGAGCCGAUCGAAUAGAAUGGCGGCCUUCUCGUCCAGCAACGGCGUGCCGCCGGGGUUCCGGUUCCACCCGACCGACGAGGAGCUGCUGCUCUACUACCUCAAGAAGAAGAUCGACUUCGAGAAGUUCGACCUCGAGGUCAUCAGGGAGGUCGACCUCAACAAGAUCGAGCCAUGGGAGCUGCAAGAGAGGUGCCGGAUCGGGUCGGCGCCACAGAACGAGUGGUACUUCUUCAGCCACAAGGAUCGCAAGUACCCGACAGGGUCGAGGACGAACCGAGCAACGAUGGCGGGCUUCUGGAAGGCGACGGGCCGGGAUAAGUGCAUCCGCACCAGCUAUCGCAAGAUCGGCAUGCGCAAGACGCUCGUCUUCUACCGCGGCCGCGCCCCACACGGCCAGAAGACUGACUGGAUCAUGCACGAGUACCGCCUCGAGGACACCGACGACGCACAGGGCGGCACCAGCGAGGACGGAUGGGUGGUGUGCCGCGUGUUCAAGAAGAAGUGCUUCUUCAAGAUCGGCGGCGGCGGCGAAGGGAGCACGAGCCAGGGCGCGGAUGCCGGCGGCCACCUUGCCAUGUCCCCGCCGCUGGGUGGCCACCACGACCAGGCCAGGGCCGCACUGGCGUCCCACUACAUGCACCCGCACCAGUACUACCACCACGCCUCCUCCUACUACUCACAGAUGCAGGCCCCGGCGCCGCACGCCGCGUACUCGCACCACGUCCAGGUCCAGGACCUCCUCACCAACCACCGGCCCGCGGCCGACGCCGGCUACAACUUCUCCGGCCUGCCGAUCGAGCACCCUGGCGGCCUGGACGUUGGCAGCAGCGACGGCGUCGCUGCAGAUGGCCAGCUGGGCGAAGGCAGAGACCAGGCGGGCGGUACGGCCGCUGAGCAGUGGCAGACGAUCGACGGGUUCAGCAACGGCGGGAGCGCGGCGGUGCAGCAGAUGACCGGCGCCCAACGAAGUGGAGAGAUGGAUUUAUGGGGUUAUGGGAGGUAAACUUGAUGACCAUCGAUCGAUCGAAGACAUGAACAACAUGUGCAUGCAUGUGAUCGUGCAAAUUGAUGCGGGUUCUUGGGGAGUUAUGUUUUGAUUAGGUUUGGUGUUUACGAUGUGUGUAUAUGCGUUGUAUUAUUUGUUGUUGGUUUGGUGUAAUAAGAGCCAAGGAUACGCAUUGGUGUGUAAUCGGUGAUUAAAUUAAUCAUUGUGUGUGUGCAUGCAUGCAGAAAAACACAGAAGAAUAAUUUAACUUUGGGUUUUUCUUGACAUGCAUGUUCACAGAUGUAGGGCGCG